AUGGUCUCGCGUAGAGUCGCAUCAUUUGGCAGGCUGGGCAGGCUCCGUCCUACGAACGUAUACGCUCACCGAGCUCGUAUACCUGGGAUUUGGAGCGUAUCAGGGGAACUGGACAAAUCAUCUGAUGGGGUCUUCAUAUCGACUAUCCCAGCCCUCCCACCUUCUACGUUAGUCUACGAGAACCAUGCACCGGGGAUUCGCUUCGCUUGCACACCUUCUGUCAUCCGCCCUGUGCGAGCUAUCGCACCCAUUCCGGAUGCUGUACCAGGGUGCUCUGAUAUCAUCAUCACGCCCAAUGAUAGAGCCGGGAUACUGCUACCAGCUUCGGGCUUCCCCAGCGCCAUCAUGACGCAAGCCUCGUCGUUGCGUGCAUCGCAAACUCCCAUGCUAGGCGGGCUGCAUGAGACGCAUUUGAAGUUGAUCAUUCUCGAGGGCCGUCGGACUCGUGCGCACAAUGAGGUAGUUCGGUACAUAUGGCAUAAAGCAUAG